AAUACUAGUAUGCACGAUUUCUUUAGUGGAAUUUCAAAAAAGCAAGUCAAGAUUUCAAUAUAAAAGUACCUACACAGGGGCCUCAUAAGUUAGAAACCUAAUAAAUGCCACUCGGAGUUUCACUUUUAAAACCUUUAUUUAAUUAUCAGACUUAAUAAAAGAUUAGAUACAAUUAUUAAUUAAACACGCGUAGGAGGGUUUUUAUUCAUUACGACUGCAUGUAAUAAGUGAUAAGUGAAUAACAAUUCGGUCUAAAAAUUGUGUUUAUAUAUUCAACUGUGAUUACCUCAGAAAAUAUUGACGCUAGGAUACAUUUUGCAGAGUCAAAGUAUGUAAUUAAAAAUUAAAGUAGGCUAAAAAUGUUGCUUUAUCCAGAGAGGAGGUCCAAGAUCCUCUUUGUAGGCUUAACGCACUUGGUGCUUACGUGCUAUGGACUACUUAUAACAAUUUUCGAUAUAAUAAACGAGCAAUAUCCCUUUAGCGUGUACGAACUAGCAAUCGUACUAGUGCACUACCUUGGGCACUCCCUCCUUAUAUAUCUAUUAUUUUUAGGGUUUAAAUACAAUUUGCCUUUACUGUACUUACCAUGGUUGAGUAUAUUCUUAGGGGUGUUUGCUACAGUAAGCUUCCUUUGGUUAGAAUCUCUGGCUAAAGCUACUACUAACCUUAACGUCUUACCUUUUUUUGGUAAUUUGGGGGUUUUAGGGCUAGUUUUUUUUCUUUUAAGAAAAAAAAACGUUUUUAAAAUAAAUGACAUUCCAUCCACUUCAUCCUUGAGCUUUAAAUUGAGGUUUAUGCUGGCUCAGUUGGACGACGGUUCUUAAAGACUUCCUACUAAUCGCCUUAAAGCCCAAAGAAAUAAAAAACCUCUCAAAAAUUUACAAUUUUUGACCCACUAUAUAUUAUGUUUUAUUUACCAUUUUUUAUUACAUAACCUGUAUGUACAUACAUAAAUAAAUUCUAUAUAAAAUG